AAGUGGUUGCGGGCGAUGGACCCGCUCGCGCGGCUGAUGGAGGGCGCUCCUCUGCCGGGUGUGCUCGGAGCGACCAGGGACGCUAGGCCGCGGGGUGCUCUGGUGCAUGCCAGCCUCGCCGCCGCCCCACACCUCGGUGAUAAGAAGGGGAGACACCUCACUGGAACGUUCUGUCUCACCGGUGACACUAUGGAAGGGAUCAUACAGUGCCUCGUCUUUUUGAAGGCUUUUUCGCUGGUAGGCGGCGAGUUCGACAUGGAGCUGAACUUCGUGAUCCAGGACGCACAGAAUAUACAGCACAUGCUGGAACUGCUGGACCACUGUCCGCCCAGCCUCCAGGCGGAGAUCUGGUCUGUUUUCAUCGCCAUCCUCCGUAAGAGCGUCCGAAACCUUCAGGCCUGCACUGAUGUGGGUCUCAUCCAUCACGUGCUGCAGAGACUGCCAAAAGCGGAAACCGUAGUUGCAGAUCUACUGAUAGAGAUGCUGGGCGUGUUGGCGAGCUACAGUGUCACUGUGAAGGAGCUCAAACAGCUGUUCAACGCUAUGAAGGCAGUUAAUGGGAAAUGGCCGCGACACUCAGCUAAAUUGCUGAAUGUUCUGCGUCAAAUGCCUCACCGCAAUGGACCCGACGUCUUCUUCAGUUUCCCCGGAAGGAAGGGAUCCGCGAUCGUUCUUCCCCCUUUGGCUCGAUGGCCGUACGAGAACGGCUUCACAUUCACCACCUGGUUCCGACUGGAUCCCAUCAACUCUGUGAACAUCGAACGAGAGAAACCUUAUCUAUAUUGUUUCAAGACCAGCAAGGGUGUCGGCUACACGGCACACUUCGUCGGUAACUGCCUGGUACUGACUUCCAUGAAGGUCAGGGGGAAGGGAUUCCAGCACUGCGUCAAAUACGAGUUCCAACCGAGACGAUGGUACGCCAUAGCCGUCGUGUACAUUUACAACAGAUGGACGAAGAGUGAGAUCAAGUGUCUAGUGAACGGGCAACUCGCGUCCAGCACUGAAAUGGCCUGGUUCGUCUCCACGAAUGAUCCGUUCGACAAAUGCUACAUUGGAGCGACCGCGGAGCUGGACGAGGAACGGGUGUUCUGUGGACAGAUGGCUGCCAUCUACCUGUUUGGGGAGGCUCUAUCUACACACCAGAUAUGUGCUAUGCAUCGCCUGGGUCCAGGAUAUAAGAGUCAGUUCCGUUUCGACAACGAAUGCAACAUCAGUCUGCCGGAGAACCACAAACGGGUGAGCGAGCCGGCGGCUCCCAAGCUUGACACCGACAUCCCGAUCCCCGAAAUCGAACCCCCGACCCCCGAGACCCCUAACCCCGACCCCGCUUCUCGGGACCAGGAUUCCGGGCUCGAAGCGGCUUGCGUAGUUAAGGAGGACGAGACGCCGCACGGCCGUCGACUGGCCGACGAGGCCCGCUCCGUGGCGGCCGCGCAUGCUGCCCUGCUCGUAGAUGUUGAAGCAUGCAAGCGUGGUCAGUUCCGUUUCGACGCGGAGGCUCGAGUGCCGCUGCCGACCGCCGAGGUCCGUGUCGACAGCUUCGGGGAGCUCAUCCAUGACCCCACACAAAAUAUUCACGACGUGUUAUACGAUGGCAAGUUAUCAUCAGCGAUUGUAUUUAUGUACAACCCCGUGGCGACUGACGGCCAGCUCUGUCUCCAGUCGGCUCCCAAAGGGAACGUCUCCUACUUCGUGCACACACCUCACGCCCUCAUGUUACAGGAAGUGAAAGCGGUAGUCACCCAUUCUAUCCACAGCGCUCUGAACUCUAUAGGAGGAGUCCAGGUGUUGUUCCCACUGUUCUCGCAGCUGGACCUGCCUCAUGACGCGCCCGCCACUGACCCCAAGAGAGACCCCAUGCUAUGUUCAAAAUUGUUGGGGUUUGUGUGUUCUUUGGUGGAGUCUUGCAGCACUGUCCAACAGCACAUGCUGCAGUGCCGCGGCUUUCUCGUCAUCUCCCACAUGUUGACGAGGUGUGGACGAGAUCACCUCACACCGGACACCCUCGCCUCUUUCCUACAUCUCACCAAACACCUCGUCACCUGCUGCUCGCCUAAUAGCGAUCUUCUAUUAAAACAGCUCCUGGACCACAUUCUCUUCAACCCUGCCCUGUGGAUCCACACCCCGGCUGCGGUUCAGGCGAGGCUGUACUGCUACCUAGCCACGGACUUUCUGGCAGAUGCUCAUAUAUACGGCAGUGUGAGACGAGUUAGUACGGUCCUGCAAACCGUGCACACUUUGAAGUAUUACUAUUGGGUCGUGAACCCGAGAACGAAAAGCGGAAUCACUCCCAAGGGACUUGAGGGUCCUCGCCCGCAGCACAAGGACAUCUUAACGAUUCGCGCCUACAUAUUGCUGUUCCUGAAGCAACUCAUCAUGGUUGGCAGCGGGGUCAAGGAGGACGAGCUGCAGGCAAUGCUUAACUACCUCACCACCAUGCAUGAGGACGAGAACCUCCACGACGUGCUUCAGAUGUUGAUCUCCCUCAUGUCUGAACAUCCCAGUUCGAUGGUGCCAGCUUUCGAUGCUAAGGGCGGAGUAAGAACCAUCUUCAAACUGCUGGCGUCAGAGAGUCAGCUCAUCAGACUGCAAGCUUUGAAACUUCUUGGAUUCUUCCUCAGCAGAAGUACACACAAACGAAAGUAUGACGUCAUGUCCCCCCACAACCUGUACACGCUCUUGGCUACGAGGCUGGCAGCGGCCGGGGAGACCCUGGCGCUGGCGGUUUACAACGCUCUAUAUGAGCUGCUGACGGAACACGUCGGACAACAGAUACUCUACACGAGUCAUCCUGAACCACAGCCACAUUUCCGUCUUGAGAACCCCAUGAUCCUUAAAGUAGUCGCCACAUUAAUUCGUCAAUCAAAACAAACGGAACAAUUGCUGGAAGUUAAGAAAUUAUUCCUCUCAGAUAUGACAUUAUUGUGUAGCAACAAUCGUGAAAAUAGAAGGACCGUGCUACAAAUGUCAGUAUGGCAAGAAUGGUUAAUAGCCAUGGCCUAUAUACAUCCUAAGAACGCAGAAGAACAGAAGAUAUCGGACAUGGUGUACUCACUGUUCAGGAUGUUGCUGCAUCAUGCCAUCAAACAUGAGUACGGCGGGUGGAGGGUUUGGGUUGAUACGUUGGCUAUCGUACACUCUAAGGUGUCCUACGAGGAAUUCAAACUCCAAUUCGCGCAAAUGUAUGAACAUUAUGAACAAAGACGCGCAGAUAACAUAACUGAUCCGAAAGAGAGGCAACAGAAACCCAUUUCGACUAUAUCCGGCUGGGACAGACACUCAGAUGUCAAAAGUAAAGUGUCAACAGAUGCGGAGGAAAAUGACGACGUCCCUAAUAAAAAGAAUAAUGUCAAUCACGGAGCACAAACUGAAAUAGGCAAAGGACUCUCCCUCAGAGACGUAGAAUCCUGUCGUUGUAGGAAACCAAUCGAUGAAAGUCGGACUUCCGUAGUGUAUAGUGAAGUGUGUAAAGUGCAUAGUCCUGUGAAAACUGUGGAAACUGAAGAACCCAAUGAAGAAGGUUGUGAUAACGUUAGUAAUACAGAAGCUGAAAAUGCUGUCGAUGAAGAAGCAAACGAAUCAGAAGUUCUCACUCCAAACACAGAAUUGGUGGAAUCCAUUACAGAAAACAAACUUUUAGAUAGUUCAGAAUCCGGAAUCGGAACUAUCGGAACUGAUUUGGACAAAACUGAGAAACAAUUAACUAGACAGGGCAGUCUAGAUUAUAUUCCAGUUAGGGAUGUCGGUGACAGUGCUGCCAAGGAUGACAACACUGACAAAAGUGAAGGUCUACCCUCUAGCCUGUCUGUUAGUGAAACAGCCAGUCCGGAGCGAGUCGCCGAUGCUUUGAAUUUGGCUAACGAACGAGAAUCUGAACUAUCGGACCCGUCUGAAUUGUACUUAACGCCGAGUGAAGCAACUAGUCCUAGAAAAAUAUUAGAUAAGACUGACUCGAUUAACUCAAGCAUUCCAGACGAUUCUACAAAUGAUGAUCCAAAACAUAUUGCGAUAAACAUCGUGAAUGACGUCCUCACGGUCGCUUUGGAAACUGUGAGAUUAAAGAAUGACGAUGACACUGACUCGGGGGCCAUAUCAGGAGGAAUACCCUCUGAAGGGAAUACACCGAAUGGCCGAGAUGAUUUGGAACAAGACAUUGAAGACAUUUUAGACGAAAAACAUGCGGCAGAGGCCAUCGCGCGCGAAUUAGUAAUGGAUAUUAUUUCUAAAGCUGCCUCAAAGGAUGAAAAUGAUGUUGACGUUGAUACAGACGGUCCCAAAGGAGCUGUAGAAUCAGAAUCUUUGCACGAUGGAAACGGUCUGCCACUAGAUGGAGAUUUUAUUGUCACUACCAAAGAUAUCUCCGAAAUAGAACCGCUGCCGGCCGCCGACAAAGCGGAAGAAGAAAAUGAUAAAAAAGAAAGCGAAAGACCACAAUCCGAACCGAUACCGAUGGAACAAAACGCACCCGAAAUUAAUCCAAUAUCAACAAUAAGCGAAAACAUUUCACUUGCAAAUAAAAAGGAGCAAGAAGAGGAGGAAGAUAGGAUGUGUGAGACUGACAGAGACAAACGUCGGGUCAGCUUACCGGGUGACAACGAGAUGAAGCAGGACGGCAAUAGGGGCGAGGGCGUCGCCUCGACAGGCACCAAUACCUCCACAUCACCGAAGAGACCGCGCAGUGCGUCUACCAGCACUCAAGUGGACUCGAAUCAUUUUGAAAAGAAACGUCCAACAAAGUGCAGCCGUCCCAUGUUCUCGCCGGGCCCCACCCGUCCUCCAUUCCGUAUACCGGAGUUCCGUUGGUCCUACAUACACCAAAGACUACUGUCUGAUGUUCUGUUCUCGUUGGAGACGGACAUCCAGGUGUGGCGCAGUCACUCCACCAAAUCUGUGAUCGACUUCGUGAACAGCAGCGAGAACGCCAUCUUCGUGGUGAACACGGUGCACCUCAUCAGCCAGCUCGCUGACAACCUCAUCAUCGCCUGUGGAGGACUGCUGCCGUUAUUGGCCUCGGCGACAUCGCCAAAUAAUGAGCUGGACGUGAUCGAGCCCACCCAGGGGAUGCCGGUAGAAGUAGCUGUCACUUUCUUACAGCGAUUGGUUUCAAUGGCUGAUGUACUGAUAUUCGCGAGUGCGUUGAACUUUGCCGAAUUAGAGGCAGAGAAAAACAUGUCCAGUGGAGGAAUAUUGAGACAGUGUCUUAGAUUGGUGUGCACGUGCGCUGUACGCAACUGUCUCGAGUGCAAGGAGCGACAGCGCUGCAGCGCUCGACGGAACGACUCGCCGUCGCCUAAGAGCGUGGUGGCGAGUUUAGCGGACGCGACCAGCCCUGUGAAGGAUCCGGAGAGACUCCUGCAAGAUAUGGAUGUGAACAGAUUGAGGGCCGUCAUAUACAGAGACGUCGAGGAAACGAAGCAGGCUCAGUUCCUGUCUCUGGCGAUAGUGUACUUCAUCUCCGUGCUGAUGGUGUCCAAGUACCGCGACAUCCUGGAGCCGCCACCUCACACCGCCCCGGACUGCAACAGACGCGUGCACGCCGCCCACGAACAUCACGAUCACAACGGUGAUGACGUGGAAUACGCAAUGAUUGUAGUUGACGAGAACAACUCUACUAUGAAUGAGUUGGACUCGCCCUCCAUGAAGGAUGGGAUGGAGGAGGGAGUGGCUAAGAUUGAGACGAGCACGGACGAGGUGAAACCGAAUUCGGGUGAGAGGUCGAAGGUCGUGGAGCUGGCGGUGUCCGCGGGCGGGGAGGUGCCGCUGUACCAAUCCAGUCUGCGGCUGAGAACUCAGCUCAAGCAGAAGCCUCCCACCGCAAGGUCCAAAACCUUAUCGGGGAUCACGGUGUCUGUUGUGAAUCUGAGUGUGGACUCGAUAGAGGACGCCGGCUCAUUUCAUCUGAACUCGACUGAGACGACCAACAACGACCCGGAAACGUCCAGCGACGUGGCCUUGGAUGAUAACAAACACCCUGUCAGCAACGAUGAGUCCUGGACAGAUGUAAACCUAAACGAGGAAGGAGAGAGAGGCCCGGCCACCAUCACCGGCAGGGGCAGGGAACACGACGGAAAUGUGCAUGAAGAUAUUGAUAAACAAAUUCACAUGAGGAAUACUGAGCACCAUCACAUCGCUCAAAGGCAGAAUCGAAGCCUUCAAACAGCACAGAGACAUUUACACUCGGACAACGAAGCACUAGCCGUGUCCUUGUCCCCGCUGUGCGAGGGCGCGUCUCGUGAGGCCUCUCUGACCCACAAGCUGGAGACAGCCCUGGGCCCAGUGUGUCCUCUGCUCCGAGAGAUCAUGCUCGACUUUGCGCCAUUCCUCUCUAAGACGUUGGUGGGCAGCCACGGGCAGGAACUACUGAUGGAAGGUCUCCAGACGUUCAAGUCCAGUACGUCCGUGGUGGAGCUGGUGAUGCUGCUAUGCUCACAGGAGUGGCAGAACUCCUUACAGAAGCACGCCGGCCUCGCCUUCAUAGAGCUGAUCAACGAGGGCCGGCUGCUGUCGCACGCCAUGAGGGAUCACAUCGUGAGGGUCGCAAAUGAAGCGGAGUUCAUCUUGAACCGGAUGAGGGCUGAUGAUGUACUGAAACAUGCCGACUUUGAGUGUCUGUGUGCGAGCACGUGUCAGGAGAGGUCGGAGGAGGAGCGCACGUGCGAGAGACUCAUAGCGGCCGCCAGGAGGAGGGACCAGGCCGCCGCCCGGAGACUGCUGGACAGGCUGCAGCACGCCGCCGCCGCCAGGACCGGUGUGAGCGAAGGCGAGUCCAUCGACGGUGGAUUUUGGAAGCUGGACUCGUGGGAGGAUGACGCCAGGAGACGACGCCGGCUCGUGCCCGACGCCAAGGGGCGGAGACACGCACGGGGAACACACGCGCCUCCAGCACCACCCUCGGAUGCUAUACUACAGGCCACAGAGGAACUUCACGCUCGUAUCGCACAAGCUUCCGGCGGCGCGUCGUUGGCGGCGGCGCCGGCGGCCGAGCUCCUGGAUGACGCCGAACUACUGCUGGAUGAACGAGACACAGACCAGGACGUCAGCGGUCCUGUGAACAUCAGUACUCGCGCCCGACUCGUGGCGCCCGGUCUGGCUGCUCCUGGCACGGUGUCGCUCACCUCCACCGAGAUGUACUUCGAGGUGGACGAGGAGGACCCCGAGUAUAAGAAGAUCGACCCCGAGGUGUUGAAGUACUGCGAGCAUCUGCACGGAAAAUGGUACUUCAGCGAGAUACGAGCCAUAUUCUCCAGACGUUACUUACUACAGAGUGUCGCUAUAGAGAUGUUCCUAGCGAGCCGAACUUCCAUAUUCUUCGCCUUCCCCGAUCAGGCCACAGUGAAGAAAGUAAUUAAGGCACUUCCUCGUGUCGGCGUCGGCAUCAAGUACGGCAUCCCGCAGACGAGACGCGCCUCAAUGAUGUCUCCCAGACAACUGAUGCGCAACUCAAACAUGACACAGAAGUGGCAACGCAGGGAGAUAUCCAACUUCGAGUAUUUAAUGUUCCUCAACACAAUCGCCGGCCGUACUUACAAUGACCUGAAUCAGUACCCGGUUUUCCCCUGGGUGUUGACCAACUACGAGAGCGAAGAGUUGGAUCUCAGCCAGCCCUCCAACUACCGAGAUCUGUCCAAGCCCAUCGGAGCCCUGAACCCAAGUCGGCGCGCGUACUUCGAGGAUCGCUACAACACGUGGGAGCACGAGUCGACGCCGCCCUUCCACUACGGGACCCACUACUCCACCGCCGCAUUCGUCCUCAAUUGGCUCGUACGAAUUGAACCGAUGACAACCAUGUUCCUGGCUCUGCACGGGGGAAAAUUCGAUCACCCAAACAGACUGUUCUCAUCCAUCGCAAUGUCUUGGAAGAACUGUCAGAGAGACACCUCCGAUGUUAAGGAACUCAUUCCAGAGUUAUUCUUCCUACCGGAAAUGCUUGUGAAUAGUUCUGGAUACAAGCUGGGGAUAGCGGAGUCUCCCUCCGGUGACGUGUUGCUCCCGCCCUGGGCAUCGUCAGCCGAGGAGUUCGUGAGGAUCAACAGAAUGGCCUUGGAGUCUGAGUUUGUCAGCUGCCAACUACACCAGUGGAUAGAUUUAAUAUUUGGCUAUAAACAACGAGGCCCUGAGGCGGUCCGAGCGACCAACGUGUUCUAUUACCUCACGUACGAGGGAGGAGCUCGUAUCGACCAGAUCCCCGACCCCCUCACUCGGGCCGCUGUAGAGGACCAGAUAAGGAGCUUCGGCCAGACGCCGGCACAGCUCCUCGCGGAACCUCAUCCGCCGCGCGCCUCCACCAUGCACCUCGCACCGCUCAUGUUCGCUGCUGCUCCUGAUGACGUGUGUCUGCGACUGAAGCUUCCGUCCAACGCGGCGGUGGUUCACGUGUCAGCGAACACCUACCCUCAGCUGGCGAUGCCGGCCGCGGUCACUGUGUCCGCUGCGAGGGCGUUUGCGGCCCACCGUUGGUCGGGCGGCGGCUGCGCUCACUCGACACCAGCUCGCCACACGGAUCACCCUCCUCACCCUCAACAACAUCACCCACUAGUCAUGGACCCCGUCUGGGCGGCCGGGGGCGCUCAAGCUCUAUCAAGACGUCAACUGGGAGAUAACUUCUCUCAGCGUGUGAAGGCUCGCAGCAACUGCUUCGUGACAACAGUCGACUCCCGGUUUCUGAUCGCGGCCGGCUUCUGGGAUAACAGCUUCCGAGUUUUCUCUACGGAAACCGCCAAAAUAGUCCAGAUAAUAUUCGGUCAUUACGGCGUGGUGACGUGCGUGUCGCGCUCUGAGUGUAACAUCACCUCGGACUGUUACAUCGCGUCCGGCUCGGAGGACUGCACCGUGCUGCUGUGGCACUGGUCGGCUCGUCACGGCGGUAUAGUGGGUGAGGGUGACACUCCCGCCCCCCGCGUGUCUCUGACUGGACACGACGCCGCCCUCAACGGAGUUCUGGUGUCCGCGGAAUUGGGACUUGUCAUAUCAUCCUCUAUAAACGGUCCCGUGCUGAUCCACACCACGUUCGGCGAGCUGCUCCGCUCCCUCCUGUGCCGGGACGCUAGUGGUCCGCAGCAGCUGGCUCUGUCUCGCGAGGGCGUGGUGGUGGUCGCCUACGAGCGAGGACACCUCGCCGCCUUCACGCUCAACGGCAGGAAGCUGAGGCACGAGACGCAUCAUGACAACUUCCAGUGUCUGGUACUAUCCCGUUGUGGGGAGUACCUGGUGUGUGGUGGUGACGCGGGCGUGGUGGAGGUUUGGCGCGCCUUCACCCUCGCCCCGCUCUACGCCUUCCCGCCCGCCGGGGCGCCCGUCACCAGCCUGGCGCUCUCACAUGACCAGAGAUUCCUGUUGGCCGGCCUCGAGAACGGCUCGCUCGUGGUGUUCCAUAUAGAUUUCAACAGAUGGCACCACGAGUACCAACAACGAUAUUAGACGGUUAGCUGUUACGGAAACUUGAUAAGACAUUAUGAUUGUUACUGCUUUAACAUAAGAUCGACAUCGGCGUGCACCGUUCACUCGAACGACGCUUUAUAAUAAGGACUCUUAUAUGGCAACACUUAUAUUUAUUUUAUUUUUGCUAAAGCGUUCGUAAAAACAAUUAGAAUGCCUGAAAACAUUAACUGCACUCAUCCGUUACAUUGUUAUAAUAAUAUUUUAUCACAAUGCCUCUGUAAAAACAUGAUUUUUGGAUUCGUGUAAUCGAUGUGCAAUUUAAAUUUAACGAAGAACUGCAAACAAAGUCAAUGUUAGAUCUAACCAAUGUUGACUCCGUUAACACGAGCCGCGGAGCACGGCCGCCGCCGGGUGCGCGUGUAGUAUUAAGUGAAAUUUUAUAUUUAUAACAUUCCAAUAUUAUGUUGUUUACUUUAAUUUGUAUAAAAUGAAUUAUUUCUUUUAUCAAGAUUAUUUUAAUUAGUGCCAUGCAAAUUAAUUGACUGCAAAAAUCGUAGUGAAUAAUUUACUAGUAGGAUUAAUUUUCCCUGACGUCCUUCAGCCCUGAGAUUGUGUUCUUAUUAUUAUAUUUAAUGUGCAAUAAUGUAGUAAUAUUUAUUGAAUGAACUUAAUGAUUUACUCGAUUCUGUCCUAUUCCAGUAUUCUAUUUAUUUUCAAAGCAUUCCGAGUCCCUCUAUCUUACCUCUACCGGUGGUGGGUCGGCUAGUACUUAAUAAAGUUUGUUGUUGUAUUGUUUUAUUCUGUUUUUAGUUUAUUAAAUGGUCAUAUUGACUUA